AUGCUCGAUUUCUACAGAAACUGGUUUGGGAGCAGGAACUCAAAAUUCUGCACAGAAGAAUUCCCAAAGGUGACAAGGCAGCCUACGUUUCUGCCAGCUGUCCCUCGCUUGGUGGCCAUAGGUGAUCUGCACGGAGAUCUGAAGAAGGCUCGCCGCGCGUUCAGGCUCGGUGGGCUCACAGACGCGAAUGACAGGUGGAUAGGCGGCACCACCACUGCUGUCCAGGUCGGGGACCAAUUGGAUCGUGGCAAUGAUGAGGUGCGGAUCCUGUAUUUUCUCGAGAGGUUGGAGCGGGAGGCUGAGAGGGCCGGGGGCAAGCUGCACAUCCUGAACGGCAAUCAUGAGACCAUGAACGUGGCCGGGCGGUUCAACUACGCCACGCUGCCGGGCCUGGCCGACUUCUAUCAUCAUUUUGCACCUGGUAUUGGCUUCUCAGAAGCACUUCACUGCAGCGCAGGUGCUGUGACUGCUCGGUUUCUAGCGGAUCAUCCCAUAGCGCUGCAGAUCGGCUCCACUGUGUUUGUGCACGGCGGCGUGCUGCCGCAGCAUGCCGAGCUGGGUCUCGAGCGCAUCAACCAGGAGACGCGCGCCUGGAUGCGCGGAGAAGCCUUGCGCAUGCCCUCCUUCCUCACCGGCCGGCAGGCCAUCGUCUGGGCCCGGGAAUACUCUGCAGGCGCGCCCUUCCUUGACAGCCAGCGGUGCGACUGCGCGGCGCUGGAGCAGGUGCUGGGGAGGCUGCCGGGCGCCGAGCGCAUGGUUGUGGGCCACACAAUCCAGGACGCGGGCAUCAACAGCGCAUGUGAAGACCGGGUAUUCCGCAUCGAUGUGGGACUCUCCAAGGGCUGCGGCGAUGGCGAGCCGCAGGUUUGA